CUUCUGCAUACGUUCAGCAGUAGGGACAUGUUUUCAGCUUAGGUUGCAAUCUUGAAUUCCUAACUACAAAUGAUUCUAUGCUGCAAAGAAAGUAGAAAAUAGUAAGUAGGAAUUUUCACAUACUUUCAAUCCUCUAAAUGAUGGAAGAUUUGCAAGAAGCGGACAUUUUCCGGCUGUGCCACAACGGAGACCCGCCUCUGUCUACCAUCUAAUCUCUCAAGUCUUGUAAAUAAAAAGGCACAAUUUAAAACAGAAUUGAAAAGAUACUUAAUUACACACUCCUUUUACUCUGUCGAUGAAUUCCUAAUGUCUACAAAUUCUAACCCUGUGAACGCUGCUUCAGAUGCGUUGCAUGGAUCGUUUUUAAUGCUUUGCAUAUGGUGUGCAUACGGUGGUCUGGUGAGGUUAGAGGAACAGAUCUUGCAUGGUGGUGGUCCUCAUUGGCUUGAAGGAGAUAAUAACAAUGUUCCUCUACCAGCUGGAAACAUCCUUCGACCACAUCCACUCCUACCACUUUAUAAUAAUGUUUCGGAACCUGACUGGCAGGAAGGUGUAAAUCAAGAACAACAUCCAGUUGCAGCUGCUUUAGCAGGAGGUGUUCUGCCAUGCCCUGUUGUUGGUCCAGACUUGGUUGGAGUGGAUCCCCUUGAAAAUGCUGCUGUAGGAGAUGCUGAGGAACUUGAGCUUGGUGCUGUAGACAAUGGCGCAGCAGCCGAUGAAGGAAAUUGGAAUCCAAUAGAGCAGGAUCAAGCUGCAGAAGAAAUGAACUUGGAAAGAUUUUUUGGAUUGGGUGUUUUACUUAUGACUUUGUUCAGGGCCUUCUCAAUACAACAUUGGACAUUUUGCUGUGGUGAGGUUCAAUUUGAGAGAGCAUGCUGCUGCAUCUCACUUUGAAGGCCUUGUCACCACUUUAUGCGGAUAUUGUGUCAUUGGCCUCUGUCUUGUCCUGCUACAUGGAUUGGCUUCACUCCUUGGCUUAAGAAGAUCCAGAAGAAUUUUUUGACUCUGUUACUUGAUGGUGAAGGUAAAGUAAUAUAACAUAAAUUGCAUCAGCACAAUCAUCGCACAAUACGGUUACUGCACAGUAACAUUGAAUGUUAAUAAAAUGAUAUUGAAAGAUUAGUUACUUUAAUUAAGUGGGCCAGGAGCAUGAGACUCCUUAAGGUGUUUGAAGAAUCCACAUUCAUUUUUGUAGUAGUAAAUUUCAUUAUGGUCAUGAACCUAGAAAGUAAUUUUCUAUCUCCAUGGAGCCAGAACAAAUGAUUUUUCUUCUAGCCUCUGUGUCAUAAUCUGCUCAGCUGUAUUUAUUUCAAUCUGCCUAACCUAACCUAACCUAACCUAACCCAACCCAGAGGCCUGGCAUGUACAUUCAGCUGGCAAAAGUAAUAUUUCAAUAUAUUCUAUAAUACUAUGGGAGAGAUAUGCCUGCCAUAUUACCUGUGAAUAUUUGAGAAUACUGAAGUAAUGUUAUUUCUUCUUUCCAGGUGUUCUUGUUGUGUGUUGUGGAAAUAGGUGUCCUCCCACUAAUAUGUGGUUGGUGGUUAGAUUUCUGCUCCUUGUCAAUGUUUGAUGCAACCCUACAAGACCGAGUGUCGAGUUUCCACCUGGCACCGCCAUGCUCAUACAUUGGCUUGUUGGGAUGGCGUAUGUGUACUGUUUUGCACAAUUCAUCUUGCUUCUUAGAGAAGUAUUGAGGCCUGGUGUACUUUGGUUCCUGAGAAACUUAAAUUAUCUACACUUCAGCCCAAUUCAGAUACUUGUCAUCCUUGAUGUGUUCAUAUUGCUUGCGGAACUCACGGAUCAGAAACACGAUGACACCACCCACCAGCAUGAUGAGAAGCAGGAAUAGAUACUGCCAUCGUGCUGUGAGAUUACGCAGAUGCAGACUAGUGACUACGAGGGGUACGAUGCCAUAUGCUAUGGCAUAUGGAACAGCUAGAGCCAGAAUGAAACAGGCCACCACUGGUGCAGCUAACUCACGAAGCACAAAUCCCAGAUCCAUGCCAUGAAUUCCAUCACGAUAAGCUCUUUCAAUAGCAUGUUUGAGUGCCCACUCAGGACCCAUCAUGGUUCCUGCACAGGCUAUUAUGGUGAAUAGAACACCCAAGGACCAGACCUGCCACACAAAGAGCUCUGGAGUCUGGUCAAGAGGCACAAGAAGUGGGAUCAGAACUGUCAAUUCCAUGAGAUGUCCAAAGAGGAGAGGGAUCACUCCAAGAAGCAGUGAGAAGGCAACAGCACAUUUGGGGGUACAAAGCUGAAGAGAAAUUAUAUCUGGGGGUACACGAACAAAAAAGGUUCAAUACCACUGAACUAGAUUACAGAGAGGUUUCAGCUUGAAAAACCAUACAAUCUUUUUAAUAAUGGCUACUAUAUAUCAUUAUAAAAUACAUUUGUCAUUAACAUCUUUAUCCUUUCUAGUAUUAUGUCUAGUUGGCCUAUGUAAGUGUCAUGAAGUAUGUGUAAUGACCUAGCCUACAUGUCAUCCUCAAUCUUCUCAUGGUCUAACUCUAAUUGACAAGGUUGUAGCUGAGUCGCAGUGAAUAGCAGUUACAUUAGCAGUACUGGAAAUGCUGGCAUGCAAUUCAGACCAGAAGUUUAAAACUUAGGAGGCCUACUAAUAUACUUUCCAUGACUUACUGCUUUCAAGAUAUUAUAUAAAGCAAAUGUGACAUGCACCAUAUGCAUGAGAACUAGAUGAUGUGGAUCUACUUACUUGAUUUACAUCUUCCUGCCAGUCAGGUUCCGAAACGUUAUUAUAAAGUGGUAGGAGUGGAUGUGGUCGAAGGAUGUUUCCAGCUGGUAGAGGAACAUUGUUAUUAUCUCCUUCAAGCGAAUGAGGACCACCACCAUGCAAGAUCUGUUCCUCUAACCUCACCAGAAUACCGUAUGCACACCAUAUGCAAAGCAUUAAAAGAUCCAUGCAACGCAUCUGAAGCAGCGUUCACAGGGUCAGAAUCUGCAACAUGUCAUUAUGCUAAACUAAUCUGAUGGUUUCUUCAAAAGUCGCGCAACCCGAUCCAAAAUUCGCGCAGAAGAGCAUGGAAAAGUAAGUAUUGGCAACACUGUACUGUCGGCCAGGUGUUGUGCAGGCAGUAUGACCUUCAGACACUGCUAGGUCUCACCACUUGAGUAAUGGCAUUCGAAACUGUAAGAUGAGUUUUUCAUAGAGCGAGUAUUCAUUGUGGAACAUUAUUUUAAGACGAAUUCAUACACGGAAUGCCAACAAUCGUUUGUGCGUAGUUUUCCAGAAUCGCUCGUGCCGAAUUGUUCACCGUUCUCGUGAAACAGGCAGCGUAAGUGACAAAAAGCGAUCUGGACUGCCAUCAAAUCUGAAUGAUGAAAAUUUGAAUGAGGUUAGGUAGUGCUUAGAACGGUCACCCAAGAAGUCCUUAAGAAUAUUAGUGCAGAAGACUGGAUUGAGUUAUGGAACAACGCAGAGGUGUACGAGGCUGCUGAAACUUGUGCCUUACAGAAUUCACACAAUGCACGAACUCAAGGAACCGGACAAAGGGAAAAGAUUACGAUACUGUGAAUGGUUCCGAGAACUUGUGAGGGACGUUGUCGGUACCUUGGACAACAUUUUCUUCACACAUGAGGCUUGGUUUCAUUUAAGUGGUUAUGUAAACAGUCAGAACGGUAAGUUUUGGAGCUAUGAAAAUCCACACGUUUUCCUUGAGGUGCCCUUACACAGUCAGAAGAUUGGAGUGUGGUGUGCAGUUUCACGUCACAGGGUGGUGGGUCCUCUCUUCUUUAGAGAAACUGUUAUUGCUGAACGUUACCAGGAAUUCGUUAUGCAGUUUAUUGCAUUACUGGAGGAAACAGAACGAGAUUGCUGGUUUCAGAAAGAUGGGGCCACUGCACACACAGCUAAUUCCACUCUGGCAAUUUGGCUGAGUUUCUUGGUGAUCGUGUGAUUUCUAAGGGUUUGUGGCCACCUCGUUCCCCAGACCUAACGCCACCUGAUUUUUUUGUGUGGGGACAGUGGAACCACGGUUCCGGAGAAUCCUUCAGAGCUCGCGCCCAUCGCUGGAACGUCCCGACUCGCGUGUGAGCAUCAAUUGAGCAAAUACUUAAUCAGACUAUUACUAACUUUUAAUUUAUUUAUGGAGUUACAAUUAAGAGACUAAUAAAAUGUUAAAUCUAUGUAUAUUUUUCAUUAAAAAAACUGAGAUACAAUUUAAAAUUUA